GAAGUACACGUGUCAUCAUCCAUUUCCGCCGUGUUGUGAGCAGCACGCGCCAAGCAUGGAGGAGAAAAUUAAUUUAGAUUUAGAGGAUUUCUCCUCAGAGCCUGCACUGCUGGACACUUUCAUCAAAGAAGUACAGAAUCAAGAUCCUCUGUUUAUCAUCGGGAUAUUUGUGGCACUUGCGGUUGUAAUUCUCACUGUCGUUUUCUUCGGAAAUGUGUUUGGCUCCAGCAAAGUGAGGAAUGUUGUGCUUCUGCUGGGAUUGUGUGACUCUGGCAAAACACUGUUGUUCACGCGAUUACUAACAGGAAGGCUUUUGAGAACUCAGACGUCCAUUACAGAGAGCAGCGCAUCAUACACAAGCAAAAAUGACAGAGGCACCAGCUGGACUCUCAUCGAUGUUCCUGGACAUGAGAGUUUAAGAUCUCAGAUUGUGGAGAAGUACAAGGCCAUUGCUCGAGCCAUCGUGUUUGUGGUGGACAGCAGUGUGUUCCAGAAGGACGUCAGAGAUGUGGCUGAAUUUCUCUAUUCGAUCCUUACGGACAACAUCGUAGCAAAAAAUGGCCCGACUCUUUUAGUAGCCUGCAACAAACAAGAUGUAACUAUGGCCAAAUCAGCUAAAUUAAUUCAGCAGCAGUUGGAGAAGGAGCUGAACACCCUGAGACUCACCCGAUCAGCAGCGCUCUCGUCUCAGGACGGGCCUGUGGGGACUGCCUCUGUGUUUCUGGGGAAGAAGGGCAAAGAUUUCGACUUCUCUCAGUUGACUAAUUGUGUGGAGUUUAUUGAGUGCAGUGCACGUGAAAGUAAAGGAGAAGACGGAGAUACUGAUGUUGAUGCGCUGGAAAAGUUUCUGGCCAAACUCUGACUUCA